UCUGCGCUUGCAGAUCACCGUAUUGGUCGCUGUGAUGGAGCGACUGCGCUCCAGCGAGCAGUUAGCGCAUAAUCAUGCGGUUGACCGGUCCGUGUUUGGGAUGCUGUAAGUCCGCUGCGUAAAAGUGUACAGGUGUAGCGCGCCGUGUUGAUUGGGGAAUUAAAAGAAAAACGCCCAAACACUGUGAUAUUACCUGCUUUGUGAGCCACUGCUGCUCUCUGCGUCUUCUGCAGCCGUGGAGGGGCCCCCACCCCCCUCCCGCUGUAAUAUUUAUGACAAAACGGAGGCAAAUAAUUCUGGUCACGUUUUUGGCUGACAGCCGGCUGUCCUGGAGAGCCUUGGAGUGAAUCAGGGUCCAGUGUUGGAGAUAGCGCAGCGCAGCGCACCGACACCUGCAGUAGGAUGUAAAGGGAAUUCCCACUCACCAAACUGAAUCAACCACAGAUCUGGCCAUCAUCCUCAUCACUGUCUCGUUUGAGCCAGAAGAAAAAGAAAGACAGAGCAUGGUCUGGCGUGGCGGCCGCUGUUGCUAUGUGUGAGGGAGUGCUGUGGCGUCAAUGGAGACCGAAGGCUAUCGUGACCUCCUGGAGACCAGCGAUGGUCAGGGGGUAGGCCUGCUGGAUGGAGGGGGUGAGGUGGGGGUGGAGGAGGGCUGGAGCACACCCUACCCCCUGGGCUUCCAGGUGUCUUUGACCACUGUGCUGAUGCUGGAGCUGGUGUUGGGCUUCAGCAGCAACCUGACCGUACUUGUGCUCUACUGUGCUCAGUCCAACCUGGUGGAUUCAGUCAGCAACCUGGUCACAGUCAACCUCCAUGUGCUGGACAUACUGGUCUGUCUGCUGUGUCUGCCACUGACUGUGGCUGUGAUCUUGCUACCAGCUAAUGAAAGUGGAGUCGGCAGCCUGGCCACGCUGUGCUGCUUUCAUGAGGCCUGUGUCACGUUCACCAGUGUGGCCACAGCAGUCAAUGUGCUGGUGAUCAGUUUGGACCGAUACGACAUCUCAGUGCGUCCAGCCAGUCGUCUACUGACACCCAGGAGAGCAGCACUGCUCCUGGCAGCAGUGUGGGCCGUGUCUCUCGCUGUCUUCUUCCUGCCCUUCCUUGAGGGGGAUUUCUUCUCUUCAAUGUUUGAGGACGGUAAGGUUGAGGAGCCAAGAGGGCAGAACAAUGACUCGGAGUUCACCACUGGACUGACCCCCAUUUUUUCCUCCAUCUCUCCUUCCUCCUUACCCUCAACUCAUCCCUCCUCCCCGACACACCACCUGACUCCAGUAUGGCAGAACACGACGCUGCUGUGCGUAGGAGGGCAGGGGUACUACACUGGCCUGGCUAUGUAUUACCACUUGUUACUCCAAGUGCCAUGCUUCUUCAUCGCUGUGGCCGUCAUGUUGUUCACCUACUCCAGGAUCCUGCAGGCCCUCAACAUUCGAAUAGGCUCCCACAUGAUGAGGAGUAAGCGUGCAAAGGACUCCACCUGCAGGAUACGCUGCAGGAGGCAGAAGAAGAAGGACCUGAGCCUGCCCACAGAGGUGGUGUCCUCCAACCAGAACCAGAACCUCACCAAUCCACCUCUCAUCCCCUCCCUCACACCUACACCAACAUCGCCCCCACCACUCCCCUCCAUGCCACAGGCGAUGUCUGAUAGUGGAGCAACAGUCACUACUGUCAGUACUGCUGCCACCACCCCCAUCGCCACCACACCGGCCACCCCUGCUUCUCCAACCCCAGCUUCAGCCUCAACCCAGCUCCCCGCCACAUCACCACUGCCUGCCUCCACCUUGGGUGUACAGGCCUCGGUUUCUGCCAUCAUCGCCUUGAGGCGGGCAGUGCGCAGGCACAGGGACCGUCGAGAGCGUCAACGUCGCGUCCUUAAAAUGUCCCUGCUCAUCAUAUCCACCUUCAUCGGCUGCUGGGCCCCUCUGUCUGCAGUCAAUGUUCUGAUCCUGUGUAUGGGUCCCAGCGACAGCCUGGUGCGGCUGCGCCUCUGGUUCUUGGCAAUGGCUUAUGGAACCACUAUUUUUCAUCCUCUGCUUUAUGCCUUCACCAGGCAGAAGCUGCGCCGUGCCCUCAAAACACGUGUCAAGAAAAGGGUAGUGUCCCUUCUGCAGGUGGACCCAGCUCCCAGCGGGGGGACAGUUAUUCAUAACUCCUGGGUGGAGGGGGGAGGCCAGAGGAAGAGUCGCAAGCCACGAGUGGAGGCCAGUGAUGCCACUGAUCGAUGCCUCACAGAGGCAGUGAGGGAAUGAGGCUGUUCUUCAGUGUGUUUGCAUGUGUGUGAGUGUGUGUGUGUGUGUGAAUUUGAGGAAUUGUAUGUAUCUUACCAAUCUGCUAGAGAUGGGUCAUGUGUAUAUUUGUGCAUGGGCGUGAGAAAAAACUGUUAGUUUACAAAGGUCAGGACAAAUCCAAUGACCACUGGUUCCAUGCAGAUGUGGAGACAGGCGAGUCCUGGGCUUUAAUUCAAGCCUUCUCUCUGCUCUCCUCACACAGGCCCUCAUAGUCCACUUUCUAACUGGUGGCCACUGUGUCUCCAUGACAACACUGGCCAAGCAUAUAUGAUAGUCACGUAUACUGAAAAUAAUAGUGUGCAGUUGUAUAGGAUAAAGGUUAGGCAACAGCAAAUGCAUACAUUACUGUUCCUGCGUGCACUUUCAACUUGCAUGUGCAUGUACAUAUGCCGCGCGCACACACACAUACACACACACACACCUAACAUGCACACUGAUCUAUAUUUAGUCAUUAUCUAUGAAAGCACACCAAUAUCUACCUGCACAGAUAUAUUCUCAGUGAGAUAAUUAAUAGAAGUCUAUAUUUCUCUUUAUUUCCCUCAUUUGUUCAUGCCUUAAUUGAGUUAUUAAUAUAUUAUUGUGGUGCUGAAUGUCCUGCUGUAUGUUUACAACAAUGUAUCAGAGUAAAAGUGCACAUACUGUAUAUGGUAUAGCUAAUUAAUAGCGGGUAAAUACAAGCAUUCAGAAGUUUACAAGCUCAUAUGAAACUACCAGGAAAUUGCAAAAAAAACUGCUUCCGAUUUCAUUUGCAGUAAGCACCAUAUUUUGGAAGAAUGUGUGUAAGUUAAAGCUAAAAGGCAUGACUUUAUUUAUUAUUUGUUUAAUAAAUUGUAUGAGUAAAAGUGAAGAUGACGUAAGCGAGGAUGUGUGAUUGCGUUGGUAUGUUUGCAUGUGUGCAUGUAGGCAUGUGUUUUUGUGUGUGCGGUUGGGUAAAUGAAUAAAGGAGCGUGCGUGUUUUGUGAUUAUGUGCAAUAAAUUCUGAGAAAAGCAAUGACCCCUAGGAUGUGAACAAAGAGAAUGUGAACACAGAAUUGUUGGUUUUCUACUUAUGGUUUUAAUUACUGGAGGAAGAGAGAAGAAUAAUGACUUAAUCAACUGAUUAACAGAAAGAGGCCACUGGGCAUAAUAUAAAAGCAGGAUACUUGGAGCAAUCUUAACUACACAGGCUACUGUAAUACUACUGAAAUUGUAUCACUGCAGUUUUAAAGUGUAAAUCAAAGGGCAACAUUUUGUGGAAACUUAGUUAAAACUGUCUGUAGUCACUGCAGGUAAACUAGCAUCUUAUACGGGAGAUGGGGCAAAAACAACUUCUGAUAUGGGGCAUCUCCUCGUGUUGGCUGCGUGUUGCUCCUGAGGGCAGAGUCACUACUUUUGGACAGUACUUUGAAUGACUGCGGAGGUAAAAAAGCCUUUGUCAGCUUCUGGACCGAGUCCUGAAUACGUUUCACUAUAUCUGUGUCUCUCUUUCUCCUCAGGGCUUCAUGUAUCGUUUCUCAACGUGCUGGAUGUAAAACAAUAAGCCAGCCCUCAAUCAACUAUUGUAUAAUGGAUGUUACAGUAGAUUUAUGUCAGUAAGUAGAUAGAGUACACUUUAAACUUUAUAUGGGCUCUUGGAGAGGGCCUUUGGGAUUGGGGCUAUCUCCUUCAUCCUCGCCCCUUUUACAAUAUUUGUGAGCCAGACAAAAGACAAUAAUUCUUGUGUAUUCAUGUACAUUUUUCAGGGAUGUAAAUAUUGAAGUGUCUGUUUUGGGCUUUAGUCAAAGAAAAUAGUUUUUCUUUUGGUCACAAUCAUCUGCCGGACAGAAAAUCAGCCAUUGUGAUAAACUCUGAGUGAGUUGGAAAGCUACUGUAACGAGAAGAUACAUGUAAGUGUAUUUGUGUUAAUACUAUAUGUGUGUACACUGUACUGUACAUUUAUGAUCAUGUGUAUAGAGAAAUAUUAGUAUUGUAUAAGAUUUAUAUUACGUGUUAUUGUAUAGAACAGAACAGAAUCUGUAUUAAAAAAGAUGAUCUAUCUAAGAACUGA